UGCCUCUGUGUCCAGGCUCUCCUCUUCUCUCCAGGCGCCUCCUCCUCCUCCUCCAAACAUGGCGCCGGCCCGCAGCUGCGCUGCCUCCCCGACAGACGACGCAGAGAGAGACAGAAAGAGGAGAAGAAGAAGCGGAUAGAAACUUAUCCUGAACGUGUUUUAAAAAACUCUUUUAAAACUAACACAACCGCGCGCUCUUUAGGUUUACCCACCGGGGAACUUUACGCGCUGCUUUUGGAGACGUUUACGCUCGUGUCUGUGCGCGUAACGGAGCCCACCUGUCCGACGAAGGUAGAUUUCACUCCGUUUCUUCUAGGAUGUGAAUCUCCCUGAUUUCUAAGAAAUAACGGAGCAGACUGAGCAGACAGGCGGGUAACUCGGGGUCAGAGCUGGCUCUGGUUAAAAAAAACAUGUGCAGCCCUGUGAGGAGCAGAAACACAGAGGCUGUUGAGGACUGAGCCUUUCCAGGGGCAAAAAACAACUUUUUCCACUCUUCCACGCCGAGAGGAUGGAUGGAGAACAUUCUGCGCUGUCAGGAGUUGAGAGAGAAAGAGAGAAGCUGCCACCAAUCUACAACAGCUCCCCUCCUGCUGGUUUUGGACGAGGAGCCAAGCAGCCGUUUCCGUCUCUGGGCACCUUCAUCUCCACGCUGAACCAGAGGAGGGACGCAGGAGGACGGGCCUUCGCUGGCGGCAUAACGGGCACCCUGAGCAGCACCUUCGGGCUCAGACACGGGAGAGAGCUGCCUCCAAUAUGCAGCGACGUUCGUCAGAAGCAGCGACUCUCCAUUGACACUCUACCUCCAGAGGUCAAAGCUCCGUUCCCCUCCGACCCCAUCAUCCCCCUGCGCACCAAGACCACCAAGGAGUUCCAGGAGGACAUAGAGCGCGCCGUCCAAUCGGGUGACUGGAGGGAGGUCCGAGAGUUUUACCUGACCACCUUCGACUCCUUCAUAGAAAUCAACGCUGCCUUCAAGCGAGAGGCGAACGGAUCGUUUAACACCAUAGACGACUCAGGAGUCAACGCCAAGUUCGUCAACGCCGUUUACGACGCGCUGCUCAGCACACCUCAGGACAUCCAGAAGUCAGUGCUGAAAGGGAUCAUCAACAGCCUGCUGAGAGAGUGGAAAGGGCCUCGGACUAAAGACGACCUGCGAGCUUAUUUCAUCCUGGUUCAGAACCCCCAGUAUUCGAGCACCAGCACCUACGUGAUCUACGCUCACCUGCUGAGGCAGAUCGCAGCUCUGUCUGAGGCCGACCACCACUUCCUGGUCCACUGGCUCAAAAAGCUCUCGGCGAGGCGUUUCAGGCAGCUGGUAGAGCGCCUCCUGCAGUUCAUCUCCACUCGUCUUUUUCCUGCAGAACCGGACGAACUUCCUCCUCUGACCAAGUGCUCCUGGUGGAUUCCCUCCGCUACCAAAGUGCUCGGCCUGUUCAACGCAGCCAACAGCGUCUCCUCUCCUCCCAUCAUGCCUUUCACCGACUUCUACAACAUCACUCUGGAGCACAUAGAUUUCAUGGAGGAGUACAGGACCUGGCAGAGUUACGGCAACUCAAACAGGUUCUCUUUCUGUCAAUUUCCCUUCAUCCUGUCGACAGUGGUGAAGAAAGCCAUUAUCCAGAAAGACUCGGAGCAGCAGAUGAUCAGUCAGGCCAGGCAAAGUCUGGUCAGUAAGGUUUCUCGCAGGCAGAGAGUGGACAUGAACCUUCUGUUCCUCAACAUUAAAGUACGACGAGCACAACUCCUCAGCGACUCACUGGAUGAGUUGACAAGGAAGCGGUGCGACCUGAAGAAGAAGCUGAGGGUGACGUUUGUCGGGGAGGCGGGCCUGGACAUGGGCGGCCUGACGAAGGAGUGGUUCCUGCUGCUGGUGCGACAGAUCUUCCACACGGACUACGGAAUGUUCACCUACAUGAAGGACUCGCGCUGCCAUUGGUUCAGCAGUUGGAAGUGUGACAACUAUUCUGAGUUCCAGUUGGUCGGGACUCUGAUGGGCUUAGCAGUUUACAACAGCAUCGCUCUGGACAUCCAUUUCCCCCUGUACUGUUACAGGAAGCUUCUCACGCCACCUACUACACCAUGUGACCAAAACGCCCUUAUCGGCAUGGCAACCGCCACCCUGGACGACCUGCAGCAGAUCAUGCCGGAGCUGGCUCACGGUUUGGGAGAGCUGCUGAGCUACGAGGGAAACGUAGAGGAAGACUUCUACCUCACCUUCCAGGUGUUCCAGGAGGAGAUGGGUGUGGUCAAAACCUACAACCUGAAACCUGGAGGAGACAAGAUCCCCGUCACCAAGCAGAACAGGAAAGAGUACGUUCAGCUCUACGUCGACUUCCUGCUGAAUAAAUCCAUUUAUAAACAGUUUGCUGCCUUCUACCACGGCUUCCACAGCGUGUGUGCCUCUGAUGCACUCAUGUUGCUGCGGCCGGAAGAGGUGGAGAUGUUGGUGUGUGGCAGUCCGGAGCUCGACAUGAGCGCUCUGCAGAAAGCUGCUCAGUACGAAGGAUACAGCAAGACCGACACCACCGUACGGUGUUUCUGGGACGUGGUGUUGGCUUUCCCUCUGGAGCUGCAGAAGAAGCUCCUCCACUUCGCCACAGGAAGCGACCGCGUUCCCGUCGGAGGAAUGGCCGACCUCAACUUCAAAAUCUCCAAGAUCGAAGUUCCGACUGACUGGUUGCCGAUCUCUCACACCUGUUUCAAUCAGAUCUGUCUGCCUCCGUAUCGAACCAGGAAGGAGCUAAAACACAAACUCACCAUCGCCAUCUCCAACGCCGAGGGCUUCGGCCUGGAGUGACCCGCCUGCACGCACACGCACACACACACACUCACACACACUAUUAGUAAUGCUAGCUAUCUGUCCGCCACAACUACCACAACAUGCCUUAUAUAUCUGUGUGGUCGUGGAUCAGACUGUAUCAUGGACUGUAAUGCGGUUUGAAUUGUUGUGUAUUUGGGUACUGGGGGGGGGGGUUGCCAUUGCUGACCUUUUUAGAUUUAUAACCAAUCAGAUGGAAGCUCUCGUUCUCCUUGACAACAGCUACAGAGAAACACUAGACAUCUUUAUAUUUGCACAUUUGUUUUGUUUCAAAUAUAAACACGACUGAAACAAAGAUAAAAAAUCUUUAUUUUUAGACGUCAGCAGUUUAAACUUCUCAGCUCGGAACCAGUUGAGAAUCACAGAUCCAUGACAUUGAAAACAUAUCAAUUAUAUAUCAGGUGAUGAACCUCAUUGUCCUCCAGAGACCUUGCAUCACCAAAUAAACUCUUUUUUAAGGUUUAAAAUAUUGCAGUUUUGUUCCCUCUCAGGUAUUUAUUAUUAUUCUUAUUAUUUUAAUCACAUUACCAGGUAUUUGCCACCAUCUACAUUUUUCAUAAAUUUCUGACUUCAGGCUUCAAUUUAACUUACAAACAUCUUAAAUUACUUCUUCUUCUGCUCCUUGUGGCUGUUCCCGUUCCAUCUCUUCCCGUCCUUUGUAUCUUCGUCCGUCACGCCAACCACCUUCAUGUCUUCCUUCACCAGAUCCAUAAACCUCCUCUUUUCCUCUCGCCUGGCAGCUCCAUCUUCAGCAUCCUUCUCCCAAUAUAACCAGCAUCUCUCCUCCGCACAUGUCCGAACCAUCUCGUUCCCGUCCCAUCUCUGGCUUUGUCUCCAAACCGUCCAACCAGAGCUGUCCCUCUAAUAUACUCAUUCCUAAUCCCAUCCAUCCUCAUCAUUCCCAACGAAAACGUUAGCAUCUUCAGCUCCGCCUCCUGCCGUCUUUCUCUCUUGCUUUUUAUUAAAUCACAAGGAUUCAGUAACCAAAACUACAUUCUUACUUUACAAUUUUGUGUUUUUGGGAGAACAACAAAGGAGAUGCAGCAACAAGAUACAGUACAAAGUAAAAGGGAAGAAGGGAUCAGUGUCAGUAAAAUUGGAGAUUCAAGAUUUCUGGAGGACGCAUUAAUAUCAGAGAUGCAUGGGUUAAAUAUUUGAUGUGUUUUGUGUGUAAUCUGACGUCGCUGCUUCGGUGACUCUUUAAAUCUAUUUUAUAUGAAGGCAUAGGGGAAUGUCUUUUGUAUCAUUUUUUUUGCUUUGUUUGCAGCACACUGUCAGGAUAUAAAGCUUUGCUGGGAGAAGAAUGCUAUCGUGUAUCAUGAGAUAUAGAUUGUCUUGUGAAUAGUUUUGUUGUUGUUGUUGUUGUUUUGACAUUGCUGCCUGUUUACUGAAAAAGGCUGCAGCAAAUAAUGUUCUAAUUUUGUGUUAAAUAUUGUAACGUUAUGUCACAGUUGAACCAGAGCUGUUGAUUUUGACAGUUCGGUGUUUGUUUCUUUAUGUCGUAUCGUGGCUGCGAGAUGUUCGGCAGCCUGCAGACAGACAGUCAAGCUUGUAGAUGUUUGCUUUCAGUUGAGUGUUGAUCAUAAGACGAAGCAGGACGGGAAAAAAGAAACCAUUGAAAUGAUUCUAACAAGUAGAAUCCCGAGUUGAAUAGUAGUUAUUUAUGUAUUGAGAAGUUUCAGCUUGUUUAACCUGCAGCCACCUGGACCUGGACCCAGCUGAGGGAGUGGCAUCACAUUAAGAAAAUAAAGAUGUUCUUUCACUGGGCCUUCAAAUCAAUGUUCCAGACAGUGAGUCAGAGCUGUAAAUAAUCAGACAGCCCUGAUUUAGGCGACAUAAAUUCUGCCUCUGGUGUAGCUUUCUGUAACUUUUUUUUUUUUUUUGGCUCUCAUGCCGCUGCUGUCUCUUGUCCAGAGCUGAGCAGUGCUGGUUUUAAAACACACUUUAAGCACUGUCUUAUACACGGUUGCCAUGGCGAGAUGUCUGAAGUCCCACUAACGAACUGGCAAAACACCAAGAAGUUACCGAGCAAUAGUCAAGCAGCUCAAGUAUGGCUGCACUAUCCAAACUUACAUCAGGCUGAUCUGGGUCACUCAUUCACUCGCUCUAUAGGGUCUGAAAAGGCUCUUUUUUUUUUUUCAUAUCAUCAUUUAACGAGCAGCAGCAGGAGCCAGAAGCAGCUCUUCUCCAAGCAUCUGUUUGAGAAGGACUUCAUGCUGCGUUCACACCACGUCGGAUUCAUCAUGAAAACGUCGGCAUCCUCCUGCUGAGUAGAGAAAGAACACUUUGAAAUGUUGGAGGAGGAAGUCAUGCUUGGAUAAUUGGGAUAAUAUAAUGUGUUUUUUGUUUUUUUUUAAAUGUUAAUCUCACCCAGGUCUGUUUUAUGUGAACGGGACCAAACUGUGUCAGGUUAUACAGUGGGACGGCAGUGUAAAGAAGACAAAAAUCUGUUUGAAAAUAGUUCAAAUGGAUUCAAAAUGAUUUGUUGAGAUGUAAUUAUUUUCACUUGUGAGAUGUUUGAACUGACUGAACCGAAGUGCGUAACAAGCACUUAAAAGUAGAGGAGGAAAAAAAUCCUGUAUUUCCCAUGUUUGUUGUUAUUAUUUAACAGUUUGAAUCCUUCAGGUUCACCAGUAUCUGUCUGUUAGCUCUGGUGGGUUUUUAUCAUGAGUUUUGUGUAAACAGUUUGAGAUUCAUUGACCAUGCAUGACCCAUUUUUGGAAACAUUUAAUGCUUCUAUGUUGCCCAAGUCUUAUAUAAUGUACUGUAUGUACCGCAGUGUUUACACAAGUAUUUCCAGUAAAAAGGUUCAAGAGGGUUCGUCCCUCUUUUGAAAAGUU